AGCCACUGCGCACGAAGGUUGGUGUUUAUCAGGAAGCAAUAGAAGCUCAAAUGGCUGUUAGCAACUUGAAGCUGAGCAAAGUGCCACACAGCAGUCUCCUACGCACCAUGUAAACAGUUGGUGGCGGUAAAUGCACCUUUUAGCUGGUUUGCCAACCCCCACAAAACUCCGAUGAAGAAGAAGAUCCUCAUUCAUAUGGGAAGUUUUUGUGCUGCUCUGGUGAACGAACAUCGCUGAGCGUUUCUUCCUGUGGUUUUGUCUUCUCAUGGAUUACUCUUCGUGAUUCUUUGCUGCAUGUCCUGGAUUGGUUUAUACCGUGGACUGUUUUAUAUUGGAUAAAAACACACUGAUCACAGUUCAGACCUGCAGUGAAGCCCCUCCCACAACAAUUCACCAAUAAAUACUGGGAUUAUUCCCAUCAUCCUACAAGAGAAGGACAAACUCCAGAAGUAGCAGCUGAAAUCUGUGUGACUGUUAAAGAUGGAGUUUAUUAAAGAGGAGAUUGAAGACAUGAGUGAUCCAGAACCAUCCAGGAUAAAACAUGAAGAUACUGAGGAACAAAUAGACCAGGCGAGAGUGAAAGAGCAAAGACAAGAACUGAAUGAAGUGAAGGAGGAACAUCGUCACUUUACAAUUGAAAGAACAAAAGCCAAGAAGACGCACACCUGCACUCAGUGUGGAAAGAGUUUCACAUGGGAAGGACAACUUGACAGACACAUGAGAAUUCACACUGGAGAGAAACCGUUUACAUGCACUCAGUGUGGAAAGAGUUUUUCUCAAGCAUCAACUCUCAGUUACCAUCUGCUCAUUCACUCUGGAGAAAAGCCAUUUAACUGUGAUCAGUGUGGUAAAGAUUUUAUUUCAUCAUCAAAUCUAAAAUCACAUCUGAAAGUUCAUUCAGAUGAGAAGCCUUAUGUGUGUUCUCUCUGUGGAAAGAGUUUUUCAUGGCUGGAAAAUUUUAAACGGCACCAGAAAACACACAAUGAAGUGAGAGAGUAUAUGUGCUUUGACUGUGGGAAGAGCUUUACUACAUCUCAUGAUCUGAAAUUGCACCAAAGAAUUCAUACUGGAGAAAAACCUUACAAGUGCUCAUAUUGUGACAAGAGUUUCCAUCGGUCUGGAAACCUGAAAUCACACGAGCGAGUUCAUACUGGAGAGAAGCCGUACGACUGUACUCAGUGUGAAAAGAGUUUCACAAAGAAAGGAACCCUUGACGCACACAUGAGAAUUCACACUGGAGAGAAACCGUAUAUAUGCUCUCAGUGUGGAAAGAGUUUUUCUCAAUCAUCAACUCUCAGUUAUCAUCUGCUCAUUCACUCUAGAGAAAAAACGUUUAACUGUGAUCAGUGUGGUAAAGAUUUUAUUUCAUCAGCAAAUCUAAAAAAACACCUGUCAGUCCAUUCAGAUGAGAAGCCUUAUGUGUGUUCUCUCUGUGGAAAGAGUUUUUCACGUCUGAACUGUUUUUAUCUGCACCAGAAAACACACAAUGAAGUGAGAGAUUAUAUGUGCUGUGACUGUGGGAAGAGCUUUACUACAUCUCAUGAUCUGAAACUGCAUCAAAGAAUUCAUACUGGAGAAAAACCUUACAAGUGCUCAUAUUGUGACAAGAGUUUCACUCGGUCUGGAAACCUGAAAAAACAUGAGCGAGUUCAUGGAGAGAAGCCGUACGACUGUACUCAGUGUGGAAAGAGUUAGUAUGUUUUUUAGAUCAAAAAUAGUCAAAA